UAUAUAUAAGUGAUACUGAGAGAGAAAAGAUUGGAACACAAGGCCUCGGGCGCAAGUAUAAUCACUUGAUUCAAAAUUCAGAUUGAAUAGACAAAAAAAGACAAACAAUAUAUAUUCAAAUCACUCCCAUUUCUUAAAGCAUUAAAUUGAAUUAGCAUUUGCUUAAAUUCUAGUCAAACCAACAAAGAGCUUGUAACGCAAGUUGGUUAAGAGCAUUAAUUCAUCUUGUCAUUUCUUCCAUUUCCCCAAUAACAUCUGUAUAAUAUAAAAAAUUAUGGUCAAACCUAUAUCAAGUAAGCACAUCCCAAAAAAAAAAAAAAAAGGAAGGUAAUCUUACAUGGUAAAAUAGCCUUCAAAUGUGGGGACAUCUCAUGGUAUUUACCACAAAAAAAAAAAAAAAAAAAAAAAAAAAAGCUCCCUACAUAGGUUAACGAAAAAAACAUGAACUAUACCCAAGACUUCGAUAAGGGUUUUGAAUUUAUCAAAUUAUCCACUUUUAAACAAUUUUGCUGGUCAAAGCAUCAUUUAGGUGCAUUUAAUUAAUCAUCAAAUUCUAACAGAUAUCUUUUUGUAUUGUAUUUAUGACUCUCUGGUUAUAUAGAACAAGACCGUUUUAGUAUAUGUCAAUGUGUUGUUGUCUUCAUCUUUCUCACAGUAGCCAUGGUAGCAUAUCAUUCAUCACUUUUCCUCAUUGCAUUUCCCAUUACAUUGUCCAUUAUUUUCCUCCCAAUUCUCUCGCUCACAGAAGAUGAUCAUCUCCAUGGAAUUGGCUUUAGCCUUGAAAUGAUCCACCGUGAUUCGCCGGCAUCUCCCUUAUACAAUCAAUCCGAAAGUCGUUGGCAACGGGUAAGCAACGCCUUGCAACGUUCGCAUCACCGUAUGAUCAGCCAUUUCAGCAGAAGAAAUUCAGCACUUCGCGCUCCGAGUCCUGUAGCUGAAUCCCAUUUAAUUUAUAUUGGAGGAGAGUAUUUGGUGAACAUAUCAAUUGGGACACCACCCAAAACUUUUAUUGGCAUUGUUGACACCGGGGGAGAUCUUACAUGGACACAAUGCAAGCCAUGUAUGGACUGUUUCAAGCAAAACCCACCUCUUUUUGAUCCCAGUUCUUCCUCAACUUAUAAGCCCCUUUCUUGUUUGUCCAAGGAAUGCCAUUUGCUAAAUGAAGCCUCUUGUUCAGAUACAAACUUUUGCUAUUAUAAUUAUACAUAUGGGGAUAUGUCCUACACCACUGGAAAUCUGUCCUUGGACACUGUCACAUUGGCUUCCAGUACUACAGGGAAGCCUAUAUCGAUUCCGAACACGAUAUUUGGUUGCGGACACCACAAUGGAGGAAUCUUCGGUGGGAUUGAGUCUGGAAUAGUUGGACUUGGAAGUGGAGCUGUGUCAUUUUUAUCCCGAAUCGGCUAUGCGGUUGGAGGGAAAUCUUUCUCUUAUUGCUUGGUGCCGACGACUUAUGAACAAUCCGAUUCCGAUCCAAUCCUGGGAGCCAAACAAGGUCAGCGUGAAAUUUCAAGCACGAUAUAUUUCGGCGAUAAAGUUUCAGGUCAUGAUGUGGUCUCAACCCCUUUGCUGUCAAAUGGUUCGGAAACCUACUAUUACCUUGAGCUUCAAGGCAUUAGCGUCGGUGCCGACAAUUUUAAACUUGAUGCUGACAAUUCACAAUCUUUUAAGGGCAACAUCAUCAUAGACUCUGGGACUACCUCAACAUUUUUGCCUACAAAACUUUAUCAAAGUUUUGAAUCAGCAAUUAGAAAGGCAGUUCGUCUGGAGGUGACCAAAGAUCCAACUGGCAUACUACAGCUUUGCUACAAGACUAAAUCCGAAAUCGAAGAGCCUAUCGUCGUCACCUUCCAUUUCAAUGGUGCAGAUGUGAAGCUAAAACCUGUAAACCUUUUUGUUAGGGUUAGAGAAGAUAUUGUCUGUCUUUCAUUUUCCCCAACCAAUGAUGUGGCCAUCUAUGGCAAUGUAGCACAGAUGAACUUCUUGGUAGGAUAUGACCUAGAUAACAGGACUCUGUCCUUUAAGUCAACUGAUCAAUGUACCUGGUAAAAGUUGGUAUAUGUGCAUGAAUUUUGUUUUCUAUAUAUAUCUUAAUCAUACCAGCUGAUUAAAAGUUA